AUGGUCACCCUCAGCCGCGCCGGGCCUGCCAAGAACAGCCCCUUGGACCAGCGACGGAGCCACCGCUGCUGGCGGGAGCAAGCAUGGGUGAGCUCCGUGCUGCACCGCGACGCGAAGCAGUUUGGGAAGAAGCACAUGUUUGACGGGAGCGAGGAGACCUGCUGGAGCUCGGACCAGACCGUCCAGGUUUCCCGGCUCCAGCUGCAGUUCCAGGGCGGGUUUGCCUGUCGGUUGUGCACGCUGGAAGGCUGCAGGAAGGGUGAGGAGCUGGUGAAGAUACUGGAUUUCUACCCCGAUGACGUUCAUGCCCUGCAGAGCUUCCCGGUGCAGGGAGCCACGCUGGACAGGUUGAGAAUCACCUUUGCCAGGAGCACAGACUUCUUCGGGAGGAUUGUCGUGUAUCACCUCAGCGUGCUUGGGGAGAAGCUAUAAUGUGGGGAAGGGGUCGCGCCAGGUGGGUCUCUCCUACAUGCUAUUGUGCCAGCCAGGUCCCUGGACCUGGGCACAGGGGCCUAAAUUAACUGGAAACAGCAGCUUGGAGCAGACCGGGGAUGCUCUGUCAGCGCAUCUCACCAGGGAGCGACUGAUCAGGGUGAGGUUGCAGGACCUGCUGCACCCCUGCGGGCUCGGGGCACAGAGAGCACCACUCCACCCCUGGAUCCCAGCCUCACGUGGGCCCUUGCUGGUAAAUCUGUGAAUUAACGGCAUGCUCGGUGGAGGCCUCUGCCAGAUGCAGCUCCUGUUAAUGGUGGAAUAAACACGCGUGGCUCUGAGCUGGGGCAAGCGAGAGGUUUUGCGAUUUAAAA